GGAACCAGCCUCACAGACAGCGCGGUCGUGUUGGGGUGCUACUGGCGGGCGGGUCCGGCAACUCCCUGGGAGGCAGACGGGCGGGUGCCGGAACCGAGCUGCGGCAGUCCUCGCGGGUCUGUGAAGGAGCCGGUGGCCCCAGGAGGCGCCAGUCAGGUAAUUUUAAAAAAAAAUAGAAAUCACUUCUGACUACAUUGAAUAGCAAAAACGAAGUGACACUGCAGACCAUGGCACUACCAUUCCGGAAGGACUUGGAAAAGUACAAGGACCUGGAUGAAGAUGAGCUCCUUGGGAAUCUAUCAGAAGUAGAACUAAAACAACUGGAAACCGUGCUGGAUGAUCUUGACCCUGAGAAUGCCCUUCUGCCUGCAGGGUUCCGACAGAAGAACCAGACCUCAAAGUCUGCCACAGGGCCUUUUGAUAGAGAACACCUCUUGUCAUAUCUGGAGAAGGAAGCUUUGGAGCAUAAGGACCGGGAAGACUAUGUGCCCUACACUGGAGAAAAAAAAGGGAAAAUAUUCAUCCCUAAACAGAAACCUAUCCAGACUUUUACAGAAGAAAAAAUCUCUCUUGAUCCAGAAUUAGAAGAAGCUUUGACAAGUGCUUCUGAUACAGAAUUGUGUGACCUCGCAGCUAUUCUUGGAAUGCACAAUUUGAUAACGAAUACACAGUUCUGUAAUAUAGUGGGAAGUAGUAAUGGUGUUGACCAAGAAAAUUUUUCAAAUGUGGUAAAAGGUGAAAAGAUGGUCCCAGUAUUUGAUGAGCCACCAAAUCCAACCAACGUUGAAGAGAGUUUAAAGAGAAUUAAAGAAAAUGAUGUUCGUCUUGUUGAAGUUAAUUUGAAUAAUAUAAAGAAUAUUCCAAUCCCAACCCUAAAAGAUUUUGCGAAGGCUUUGGAAACCAACACACAUGUGAAAUAUUUAAGUCUUGCAGCCACGCGGAGCAAUGACCCUGUUGCUUUUGCUUUUGCAGAUAUGCUGAAAGUGAACAAAAAUUUGAAGAGCUUAAAUAUGGAGUCCAACUUUAUCACAGGAGCUGGGGUUCUAGCACUGAUUGAUGCUUUAAAAGAUAAUGAGACCCUCACUGAGCUCAAGAUUGACAAUCAGAGGCAGCAGUUGGGGACAGCUGUAGAAUUGGAAAUGGCGAAGAUGCUUGAGGAAAAUACAAAUAUCCUUAAGUUUGGAUAUCGGUUUACACAGCAGGGACCCCGAACCAGGGCAGCUAAUGCUAUAACAAAAAACAAUGACUUAGUUCGCAAGAAACGAGUUGAAGGAGACCACCAGUAAGUCCGCCAAGGCACAACCUUUGGAAGACUUCUGAAGGUCAUCAGGACUCACAUUGGUGAUAUCAGAUAUAAAAUUUUCCUGGGUAGAAGGGAAAAGACUGGAAAUUUUUCUUUUCUUUUUUUUCCAACUACAUGUAUAUUUUUCUAGUUUAAGUUACAAGUUUCAAACUGUAAAAUCAAUAGUAGGUGACAUUUUAUAUUUUAAAGCAUUAUUUCUACUUUCUGCUAAAAUCAAUUUUAAUUUAGCUUAAUUGAGUGGUUUAUGGUGGGUCUUAGUUAAAAAAAAUACAAUUAUAAGGAAGUAUAGGAAGUCACAUGUAGAAUAAUAUAAACAUUUUAAGGACCAAAUCUUUUUGUUAAAAAAAGGGACCUUGCUGAUAUCAGACUUGCUGUGCACCUCACAGGUACAAGCACUUCAAAGCUCCUGAUUCCAGGAUGGGAGAGAUGUCCGUGUUGUAGAACAUGAGCUUGGAGAGAUUGUGCUUUUGCUUCUGUCAGGAAAGCACAAUGCCAGAAUUUUAAACCAGGUGACUCAAAUCUAGUCGUCUGUUUAGAAGUAAAAGCAGGCCUCUAGGAGAGAGAAAAUGCAUUCCAGGUUACUGCACUUGUCUGAUGUAUCUUUAAGAGUAUAGUGAUGUCUACACUGAUGACAGUGUUUCAUUUUAAUACUGUGGACUUUAUUAGAUUUUUGUGAAAGCCCAUAGUAAAAAGCAUCUGAGUAGGAAAGCUAUUCUGUUCCUGUAAAAGGCAGAUAGCCAACUCUUGGUUAGAUAGGCAAAGAGAAAAAGAAAGCUGUUGUUUACAGUAAAUGUGAUGGAGGUGAAGUCUGAGGAGCAUGCAAAACUGUCAGUUAAACUGAUGGUUCCUGUAAAGCAAAUUAGAAACUGGCACGCGUCUAAAUCAUUGUUCCUAUAUGCAGUGCAGAAUUCCAUAAACGGUAUUUAGUCAUCACUCACUACAAAUUUUCCAAACAGGAAAUCUGCUCUUCUUCAUAAACCCAGUUUUUAUUGUUUCCUGUCAUCUUGUACUUUUUUGUCCAUAUUGUGUAAAAGUAAUUUCUCAUAACAAAAGUUGUCUUCCUGUUACUCUCGAAAGAAUCAAAGUGAACAAUUGAACAGUGUACUGUGGUGGGCAGCUGCCUCCAGACCGCCAGUGCGAUGGGGGAUUUGGACCUGUGUCCUUGCCCUGUUCCGGGGCAGCCUCUGGACCGGAGAUGGCGGAGUCUUACAGCUGCCGAAAGCAGGGGCAGAGGAAUCCGAGUCACCCUGGCCUCAGAAAUGCAGCCCUGGCUGAAGCAUUUACAGGGAGAUUUUUCUAAGGGAGAAUCUCAUUUCACUGGAGCAGAGAGGUCUGUUGUCAGUUUUUAAAAAAAUUAUUUUUCUGCGCCUUAGGCUUACAGUGGACAGUUUAUCCAAUGACUGGGCAGCUUCCUGUGUACUGUGGUAUAAGCCUUCUUAACAGGGUGUGUUUGUUGCUUUGUAUCAGUAUCUAAUGUUUUAAAGGGGCCUAAGAUUGACUUUGCACUAUUUCCUUUCAGUUAUAGGCUGCUUUUUUUUUUUUUUUAAGUUAGGAAGUCUCUCUCUCUCUCUCUCUCUCGCUCUCUCUCUCUCUCUCUCUCUCCUUUUCAUAUACAAUUUUGGAAACAUACUUGAUUUUAGACACUGCACUGUUCCAGCAGGCUGGGGGCUGCAUGGAGCAGGGCGAGGCGACCGUUACACUCUCAGCAAGGCUGCCUUGCAGCACUGUCCUGUGAGUCAUUACAUUGAUUAGUAUGUUACCCCCUCCUCCAUGAGUGUGUUUUUUUAACAUAGGUAGACAAGCCCUUACCUAAAGUUGUAUGUCAUACUUAUGGAUAAAAUCUUUAGUAUGGAGAAGUUAAGUGUUUUGCUUGUACCAUUCCAGUUCUGAGCUACAAUAGUUCAUUAUAUAAUUUCUUCAUAAAUGACUUUAAAGGUAAACAUUCAUCCGAUUGGAUAUAGAAAAAUAUUUCAAGCAUUGUAAUUACAGGGGAGAAAACUGAUGUUUACUUUGAUCUUUAAAAAUAUGGCACCUCUUAGCCUUUUAUUAACUUCUGGAAUUUCUAUAUUGCUCUAAAAUUUUGUAAUAGAGUUGUGAAGUAGUCUGGAUUUUUAAACCAAAGAUGUGUAAGACCUUAAAUUUUGUAGUCUAACCAAUUUAAACUUAUCUGGUGAUCUAAUCAAAGAACACUUGCAUUUUUAAAUUGCUGGGGUUUUUUUUUAAAGCUUUAACUUCCCAUUUUAUAAAACUUUAUAUUUAUAUUUGUCCAAAUUUUUUCUAGUAUGUCUACAUGAACUUGUAUUUUAAAAAUAUUAAUUACUAAUGUUGAUAUUAUUAAAAUGGAUGUUGGUGCUAUAUAUUUGUAGCUAGUAAGUCUAAAGUAUAGAAGAAAUACAUUUUAUAAGGGUGCCUGUCAUUUAAAAGACCAAAUAAACAUUUUGUGUGUUUAAACAACUAGCAAUUGUCAGAGAUUUCAAUGAGAAUUAUCUUUAUCAUUAAAUGGCAAAUUCUUGUUAUUUGAAUGAAAUAACCCACAUACUUUAUGCAGUAGGUGCACUCUGGAAAAGUUACAUGUAAAUAGAACUUUGUAAAUUGUUUUUCCAUUGACAAUAUCUGAUGUUUUCAUUUAAAAUGGGAAUUCCAUGGUAUUAAAAAGUUAUGAGAAAAAA